AUGGUGGCAAGAAGAGUAGUUGGGCUUUUGGUCGUUUAUUCGCUUGCAGCUGCAGCUGUUUGCUUUGCCUUUGGCCGUGCAGACGAAGAGAAUGGCAAUGAAGCGGAAUCAUUAAUCCAGACGACGUGCAAUCAGCUCGAUUAUCGUGAUUACUGCAUCUCUUUACUUGAAUCUGACCCUCAUUCCGAACUGAAAUCAGACCUCAAUGGCUUCGCUAGAAUAAUCAUGGAGGUGGGAUUGUCCAAUGCUACCAACGACUAUGAUUACAUUGGAGAGCUUGUGAAGAACACCACCGACAACGCUACCCUUAGUUUUCUCCAUACUUGUUCUUCGCUCUAUGAAAAGACAAUUGCUGGUUACAAUUCGUCUUUCAACAUGUUGUCUGAUAUUAAAGGCAACUACGUUCAACUAUAUCAGACGUUGGAUUCUAGCAUCCAGAACGCCCAAGAUUGUGAAGAUGCAUUUGCACCUCAACCCAAUACCGAUGAAUCACCAUUGACCGAAAGGAAUCAGGUCUCUGGGAUGAUUGCCACGAUCGUCACUCGCAGAAUGAUUCCUUGGUUACAGAAUGAUUCAGAUGGUUAA